AUGCAGAGAUCAAUUGCAUUAGCCUCCGCUAUUUUGCUUCUACUUCUCAGUUGCGGAACUGCAAAAGAAGGAAUGCUUCCGAAUGGCAACUUUGAGAUAGGCCCAGAACCAUCGAAUCUGAAGGGAUUUCUGCUCAUAGGAGAAGAUUCUCUGCCAUACUGGCGAGUAAUGGGUAUGGUGGAAUACAUUCACUCGGGUCGUAAACCCCAAGAUAUGGUAGUGGUUGUUCCUCGGGGAACACACGCAGUCAGGCUGGGAAACAAGGCGACAGUUGUCAGCCAUAGUGUUAAGGUGAAAAAAGGCUCAUAUUAUUCACUUUCAUUUCAUGCUGCUCGUACCUGCGCGAAAGCUGAAAGCUUGAAUAUCUCUGCUCCGCCCGUGUGGGGAGAGAUAUCGAUCCAGACGGUGUAUGCUAGUACUGGAUGGGAUGCCUACUCGUGGGGAUUUCGAGCUCCGGCUGAUAUUGUUGAAUUUCAUAUUCAUAAUCCGGGUGAGGAGGAAGAUCCUGCUUGUGGACCUGUGGUCGAUGGGGUUGCUCUCAAGCGCUUGAGAUUGCCCAAAUUCUCAGGAGAGAAUCUGAUAAGGAAUGGAGAUUUUGAAGAAGGCCCCUACGUAUUUCCCAACGCGUCGUCAGGUGUGCUGAUUUCUCCAGUCCGGGAGGACGCGGUAACCGCGCUGCCCGGAUGGGUGGUGGAGUCGCUCAGGCCUAUCAAGUACAUCGACGCCAUUCGCCACCAUUUCGCAGUUCCACAUGGAAAUGCAGCGGUGGAACUGAUUGCGGGCAAAGAGAACGCUAUUUCACAGACGGUCAGAACAACACCUGGUAAAAAAUACAUUCUCAGCUUUGCGGUUGGAGAUGCGGGCAACCAAUGCAAAGGUAAACUUAUGGUGGUGGCUUUUGCCGGGCAGGAAUCGAUGAAGGUUCCUUACGACUCACAAGGAAAAGGAGGGUUUAAGACCGCUACACUUUCCUUCACUGCGGCCUCUAAGAAGACUCGCAUUGUGUUCACCAGUGAAUUUUAUACCAUGCGCAGUGAUGACGGCGUUACUUUCUGUGGGCCUGUUAUCGAUCAAAUCACUCUGCGUUGAUUGUUUUCAGAGUCAUUUGUAGGAUACCAUAAUGGGUGCAAGCGAUGUGCUUUUAGCAAUAACACUGUCUCGCGAGCAUCACGGAAAAUAGUUAUAUUCCAUACCAUGUUCUUCCAUUAAUGUUGAGUCCGAAGUUCGCUGCUACAUAGUGUUUAUAUAAAUUUAGCUUUAAUUAUCCGAGUACAGUAUUCUUUCUUUUGAUUACA